UUAAGUGUCAAUUUGAGGGCCCGAGGCAGAGGGUGGCGGCCGAGCGCUCGCGGAGUCCGCGGGAGUCCGGGCAGUGGGGCCGCCGGGCGCGCGGGGCGGGCGGCGAGCGGAGCCGGCCGAAGCAGGCCGGGCAGCGGCCGCCGCCGUCCCGGAGCGCGUGGGCUGGCGCAGGCGGGCCGGAGGAUGGAGCUGAACUCCUUGCUGAUCCUGCUGGAGGCGGCCGAGUACCUGGAGCGCAGGGACAGAGAGGCCGAACAUGGAUACGCCUCGGUGCUGCCCUUCGAUGGCGACUUCGCCAGGAAGAAAACAAAGACGGCCGGCCUAGUGCGCAAGGCCCCGAACAACAGGUCUUCACACAACGAACUAGAAAAGCACAGACGAGCCAAGCUCAGGCUGUACCUGGAGCAGCUGAAGCAGCUGGUUCCCCUGGGCCCCGACAGCACCCGCCACACCACGCUGAGCCUCCUGAAGCGCGCCAAGACGCACAUCAAGAAACUGGAGGAGCAGGACCGCAGGGCGCUGAGCAUCAAGGAGCAGCUGCAGCGAGAGCACCGCUUCCUGAAGCGGCGGCUGGAGCAGCUGUCCCUGCAGAGCCUGGAGCGCGUGCGCACGGACAGCACCGGCUCCGCUGUCUCCACUGACGACUCGGAGCAAGAAGUGGAUGUAGAGGGCAUGGAGUUUGGCCCUGGCGAGCUGGACAGUGUUGGCAGCAACAGUGACGCGGAUGACCACUACAGUCUGCAGAGUGGCGGCUAUGGGCCCCCCUGCCGGCGGCCUGCCCGCCCCGCCCUCUCGUAGGCCUGGCACCCUCUGCUCCUGGCCCGCCUGCUGCCCAGCCGUGCGCAUCAGCCCUCCAGCCCUCUCCAGCCUCUCCGCGGGCCCACUGCUGUGCCAUCCUGGGAGCUCCAGCAGCUGCCUGGGCUGCCCACCUCCACCUGCCUGCCGGUCAGGGCCCACCUCGCCACCCGCCACUCCCAGCUGGGCAGGGACCCCUGCAGGGAGGCGGGCCCAGCUCCUGAGUCCCGGAGCCCAGCAUAGCCACCCAUGGUCUGUUCUCAGAUUCCUAAUCAUUCCAGAAGUAUUAAAUGUCAUUGCUGCAAACCUCGGCGGGCACCGUGUGAGGGGCUUAGUGACCGCCUUGGGGAGCUCAGACCCCACCCUGGACACCAAGAUAAAGAAGUGGACCGAGGAAGGAAGGAAGGUGUGGCUCUCCGUCAUCCAUCUGUCCAUCUAUCUGUUGGUCCAUGUAGGCUCCUGAAGCAUGGACAGAAAGAUCCAUGAAGGGCGGGACUCGGGUGAGCACCCUGGGGCAGGAGGUGGGGAGUCUUUGCAGCCCAAGGGGGUCAGGAGCCAGGGCUAGGCUCCUGGGGCAGGCCAGGCCACCCCACACCCAGCUGGACAGCUUCUGCUUUGUUAGGUCCCUCAGGGUACACACGCAUGCACCUAGGCACAUCUGCCCGCCUGCACACACGCACACACAGUCACUUGUGGUCACCCAACCCAAAGGGGUCCUGGGGUGGCUCGUCUUCAGGGGUCGCCCGAGCUGGCGCUGGCCCCUGGCCUGUGCCUGGCUCCCCUCCCACCCCCAUUCACCCACCCAGUCUUCAUGGGAAGGGGUUUCACCUCCCAGCAGAGGCUGAGGUGUGUGCUAGAGGCCCUCAAACUGAAGCCACUGGGUCCUCGGGGCUUUCUGGUUUCCCAUUUUUUUUAAAAAAGCAGAAAACAAACAACCAUCGGGCUGCAGGGCAGAGCAGGGCUCCCCACGGGGAAGCUUUCCCAAAAGACGAAAAGCGUGUUUGAACAGAGGAGCCGCUCUCGGGUCUCUGGCGAGCACUGCCGGCCUGCCGCGCCACCUCCCUUUCCUGCACGAGAUUUUUGUACUCUAUUUUCCUAGUCCUCGUUGUGUCCCCGUUUGCUGAGGGUUGGGAGUGACCCAGCAUCUCAGGGACUCGCCUGCCUGCCACCAUCAUCCAAGUGUGCCUUGUGUCCUGUGCCUGACCCCACCCCAACCACCACCACCAGCAUCUCCCUUGUGGCUUGGAGGACUGCACCCCUCCCCCGGCCUGCCCAGCAGGUGUCGUCCUGGCCCCUCCCCAUGGACCCGCCCCUCCCUGCAGCCACGUCGUCCAGAGAGUGAGACUGCAGCGCCAGGUCAGAGGCUGCUUUCUGUCACUGGGCAGGAGGGGCCAUGACCACCCCCCCCAGUGUCACCUGCCCCCGUGGCUGGCAGGGACCCACUGUGCCACCUGGCCUCCAGGUGGGGGGGGGGCCUGCUAACGUGAACCCAGCGUGAACCCUCCCUGCUCCCCUGCCUGGGGCGAGGGUUCCAGACUUCAGACGUUGGCAGCUAACGAAGUAACAUUCACCCUGGGUGGCCAGGCCUGAGCAAAAGGCUGCUCCUGGCCUUUCAUUCUGAAGCCCUUGUCCCCAAGGACCACCUUGUAGGUGGUGGACGGUGGGCCGACCCACAGCAGUAUCUGCCUUCCUCUCUGGUGCACUGUAACCCAUUUCCAGAUUGUGUUUAUUUUCAGUCAUGCCAGCAGAUGGGCGCCCCAGGGCGGGUGGCCUCACUGAGGCAGAAGGGGUCCCUGGAGACGGCUCUGGCAUAGAACCUGCCCCCCGGGCCCGGGAGGAUGGGUGAAAAGCAGGCCUGUAGGGGCAGAGCUGGGGUCGUGGAGAAAGCCAUUGUGUUGGCACCUCCUUCCAGCGGCUCUGGGGGCUCGGAGGACCCUGAGAGGCUUCUCCCAUCUGCCUGAGCACGUCCACAAGCAUGUGCACUUACUCCGCGUUCCUUUCAAGCACCCCACGUCUGCGGGGCCGGGGGGGGGCAUGCCCGCAGUAUGAGCCUGCCCCAGGACAUCCCGGGCAGGCCCCGGGUGGUUUGUGUUCUGAUUCUUAAAGCACCAGUUUGCCACCCCACCCCCAACACCUGGGGAGGUUCUGCUCCCACCUCUGGCCCCAGCACCCUCCCCACGACCAGCUGUGGCCCUCGGCCCACCGUACUGGCAGCUCUGUCCAUGGCUUUUCAGGCUGUGGUUCCCAUGUGGGCCAGGGCAUUGGCCUCACGGGCCACCCAGGGGUGCUGUGAUCCCAGCUGCUGCUCCUUGCUCCGCAGCCGUGAGGAGGCAGUCCCUGGGACCAGGAUCAGGUGCUAGGAGGUGCACAUCUGUUGCCCCUCCGCUGGCUCCCUACCGUUUGCACAGGUUGGUUCCUGUUGGUGGCCCGGGGGACCUAGAGAAGGCCCUGCUGGGGCCGUAUUGGAAGGUUAAGAGCACACCUCAGCGUUGCUGGGCCUAGAGAAAGCCAAUGGGACCAGAACAGGGCCACUCGGGAUGCCGCCCUGUCUCUCCAUGUGCCCUCCCAUGCCCAGGCAGGCCACCGUGGCACUUGGCGGCUGAGAUCCUGGAACCCCAGGCUCGGGUUUGCUCCCCACCCUCGUUGGGUAGUGGCCCCCACACUCCUGGCCUGCACGCUGGCGUAGGCCCAGCUGGCCAGCACGGCUGCAGGAAGACUCUCCCUACUCAGAGCCUCGGGCCCACCCCUACAGGUUGGGUCUCAGAGGCCCUGUGCCCAAGCCUGCUUUCCUGGGCAGAUGGCGCCUUGUGCCAGACUGUGGCCCUGCAGACCCUGCUCCUGCCUCCCCCAGACAAUCCCCAUCAGCUGGGCCAGGCAGCCUUCCCUCAUCCCCCACCUCUGCUUCUCCCUGGGCCAGCCAACCCGGGCCCCCUCCCCACUACUGUGCACACAGGACUCUGACCCUGGGCCAUGUCCAGGGCACUGGGGCAGGUUCCGUGCCAGAGUCUGGGGCUGCCCAGAAGGCCUGGUGCUGGCCAGGUGGGCACAUAACAAGAUCCUCGCUGGAGAGACACAGGUCACUCACCCACCUGCUUGCCAGGAGGGAUUGUGCUGUACCGUUCUGUCUUUGUAAUAUAAAUACAGAUUUUUAUACCUCUCCCC